UAAUAUUCAUGAGUCCGUCCUUCGACGUAAUAGAAUUCUGGGCGGGGUUUUCUCCAGCUUGCCCACCUGGACAGGAGAUCUGUUUCACUUUCCAAAGGAAAAAUCCUCGGGAACUCAUUCAGGCAGAAUCAUGGCCACUCCCAUAGCCAACUCCUGGGAGCUCACCAUCCAGGUGGACCAGCGCGAGGGAGACGAGGGCAUGAAGUUUAAGUUGCGGGUCAAGGGGGAUCUCCACAUCGGGGGUCUCAUGCUCAAACUUGUAGAGAAGAUCAAGGCUCCUCAGGACUGGUCCGAUCAUGCCAUCUGGUGGGAGCAGAAGAGCUCCUGGCUGCUGAAGACACACUGGACUCUGGAUAAAUAUGGAGUCCAGGCGGACGCUGACCUGCGAUACACCCCACAACACAAACCCCUGUGUAUCCAGCUGCCCAACAUGAAGACCAUUAAGCUCCCGGUUACCUUCUCUGGUGUGGUCUUCAGAGCCGUGGCUGAGAUCUGCAAAGCGCUCAACAUUAGAAGAUCAGAAGAACUUUCUCUUCUGAAACCAAUAGAUGAACCAAAGAAGAAAAAGAAAAAAGACAAGGGUGCAGAAUCAGCCAUUGAUGAGAUAUUAAACAUGGACAUUGCCAGCGGAAUGGCUGGAGGAGCACUUGGUCUGUACAGUAAAACGAUGACUCCGACCUAUGACCCUGAGAGCGGCUCCCCUGCGUCGUCCACCAGUCUGUGGUUCGGCGAGAGUCCCCUGACGGCCAGCCAGCCCAACCUUCCACCGGAGGAAUUGGCCAAACUCUACAAGCCUCUUACUGUGGAAGAUAAAGCAGCCAUUAAUGCUGGGUGGCUGGAUUCCUCUCGCUCGCUGAUGGAACAGGGAAUUCAGGAAAAUGACAGACUCCUGCUGCGAUUCAAGUACCACUGCUUCUUUGACCUCAACCCAAAGUAUGAUGCUGUGAGAAUCACACAGCUGUAUGAACAGGCCCGGUGGGCGAUAUUGCUGGAGGAGAUCGACUGCACUGAAGAAGAGAUGCUCAUGUUUGCAUCCCUGCAGUAUCACAUCUGUAAACUGACCUUGUCAACGGAGCCACUGACUAAUUCCAAUGAACCAGAGAUUGAUGAAGUCGAGGCUGCGCUCUCAAACUUAGAAUCUACCCUGGAAGGACGAAACGCUGAUAAGAUCCUGGAAGAUAUCACUGAUAUCCCGAAGCUGGAAGAUACACUUAAACUGUUUAGGCCCAAACGAUUGACGUUAAAGCCGUAUAAGGAGUACUGGUUUGUUUUUAGGGACACCACCAUUCUUAUUUCAAAAACAAAGAGUCUGCCAAUAAGGAGCCCAUUGAGCAAACUCCAUCUACGAGGUGGGCGGCCAAUCAGAGACAAGAUCGUUCAUUUAAUAUAG